UAUCUUCUAAAGCUUUCUGGAUAACACAAGGAAAUAUGUUUUAAGCUAUUUAAGUAAUACCCUCCUGUGAGUUAUUUUACCAUUAUGAGAACACUGUUUCAUUCCAGGAACUACAUUUCACUGUAACGGUGAAAAGAUAUUAAAGCAAAAACGAUUACUUAAAGCCCCCUCAUAGUAUUAAGUUAAAAACUGGAGGUGGAAUAUUGGUGGGGAAUUAUUUACAAUAAACGUCACCAUCUGGUUUUCCUGGGAUUUAAAAGCACAAACUAAAACACACGGGGUCAGAGGCACCUUUUCAUAGGAGGUGUUACAGGAAUAAAACAUCUUUUUGUGUGUUGUUAUUAUUAGUGGUUUUUCCUCACUAUGUGUCUACAUUUCAUUGGACAGCAGAUAAUCAGCGCGAGUUUGCACAUCACACUCUUGUGCUGUCCGUAUGCACUAAGGUGAUAAACCAGCUGAUGCUUUUCUCUCCUUGAAAAGCCUUCUGCUUUAAGAUGCCCUCCCCGGACUCGAGAAGUGGUCCAAUCGCCCUCGUUUCUCAGUCACCUGAUUCAUGUGCUGCCAUUUUACACACAAGUUUGACUGACAAAAUAAAUAAAUAAAUCAGAAUUGGCCUAUCGGAAACCUCAGCAGAGAAAUACACCCUUUUGUAAAGAAGAUUAAAAAGACUGGUGAUAAAAAUCACAGUGGCUGAGGUUUCAUGCAGCCAGCGCGGGGUGCUGUGUGCGAAUCAGAGAGGCGCUUGCAGUCGGAUCUGUGCACACGUUCAGAGGCGAUACCGGGUGAAGAAGGAAAAGGGGAGGGAAAGGACAAUGCUACAGCCCGUGUCUUUGAAAAAUUAGUCUUCAGUCAUGGUGAUGCCGCAUAGAUUUCAUAAUCAUCGCCGGCCGUCUUUCUAUCACUGACAUUGCUUUUUUGUGAUUCAGCGCUCUGGCACGGACUCUGCGCCGGCAUUUCACCCUCAGCAGCGUCUAUUUCAGGGAUACUGUAGAUUAUAUUAAUACACUGACCAGCUUUGGAUGCAGGCCGCUCUGACAGGCUACACCGAUUUUCUUCUUUUUUACAAGCAGGUUGAUUAUUUCUGCAGCUGGGCCACCCUGUUGCCCUGCGCUGGAUUUUUGGAUGCUUCUCUGGAUGUGUGACCGUUUAACGCUUUAUUUGGCCGCCGCAUGAAUUCUCCCACCGGAUCCUGGUCCGUGUACGCUGCUGUCCUCCACCACCACCACCUCCUCCUCCUCUUCUCCCUCCUCUGGCCGAUUCUCACAGAGGGCACUACCCUCCUCCUCCUCCUCUUCCCUGCCGCUAAAGACAUUUUGAUCGUCCUCCCCGGUUCCCCCCACCCGGACUCGACCAUCACUCCUCCGCCUGCCUCCUCAUCCUCCUCCUCCUCCACCACCACCACCGCCGCCUCCUCCGUAACAUGUCGGGACAGUCUUUGACCGACCGGAUCGCCGCCGCACAGCACAGCAUGACCGGGUCUGCCAUCAGCAAAGCCGUCUGCAAGGCCACGACGCACGAAGUCAGCGGACCCAAGAAGAAACACCUUGACUACCUGAUCCACUGCACCAAUGAGCUGAACGUCAGCAUCCCCCACCUGGCAGACACACUGCUGGAGCGCACAACUAGCAACAGCUGGAUUGUGGUUUUUAAAGCGCUCAUCACCACACACCACCUCAUGAUGUACGGCAAUGAGAGAUUGAUGCAGUACCUUGCCUCCAGGAAUACACUCUUCAACCUCAACAACUUUCUAGAUAAGGCUGCACUACAAGGGUAUAACAUGUCAACCUUCAUCAGACGCUACAGCCGCUACCUGAAUGAAAAAGCCAUGUCUUACAGACUAGCAGCGGUGGACUUCACAAAAAUGAAGAGAGGGGCUGAUGGUGUGAUGCGCACCAUGAACACAGAGAAGCUGAUUAAGACUUUGCCCAUCAUUCAGAACCAGCUGGAUGCACUGCUGGAUUUCCAGCCAAACUCCAACGAGCUGACGAACGGAGUGAUCAACACAGCCUUCAUGUUGCUGUUUAAAGACUCCAUACGGUUGUUUGCCGCUUAUAACGAAGGCGUCAUCAACAUGUUGGAGAAAUACUUUGACAUGAAGAAGAACCAGUGCAAAGAAGCUUUGGAGAUCUACAAGACCUUCCUCAACAGGAUGACCAAACUGUCCGAGUUUCUCAAAGUGGCGGAGCGAGUUGGGAUAGAUCAGGGCGACAGCCCCGAUCUCACACAGGCUCCCAGUUCUCUCCUGGAGGCUCUGGAGCAGCAUCUAGCUUCUCUGGAAGGCAGGAAGCUCAAGGACCUCUCCACCGCCAGCAGAUCCAGCACCUUGUCCAGUGCAGUGUCAUCUCUCUCCAGCACGGGGAUCUCUCUCAGCCGCAUGGAAGACAAGACGGAGGACAACCGACUGCAGCAACACAAGGAGGACGGUCACAAAGUGAUCGACAUUCAGACACCUAACGUGUCACCCAGCACCCAAUCAGUGGGCAGUGCCAACAGCAGUGGAGGGGCCACAGAUCUCUUCUCUAACUCACCUAUUGUACCCGUCAACAACCAUGUGCCAAACCUGACUAGUGAGCUGUUCACCCUGCAGCCUAACUUCACCCCCAUCCAGACCACACACACUGUGCCCAACAACAACAACGCCUGGGGAGGUGACUUGCUAAAGCCAUCCCCACCCACUCAAAUUCACAGUCCUGGAGCCCCGUUGCACUCUGGGAAGAUGCUGCCCAAUGAUUUGGACUCAUCCUUAGCCAACCUUGUUGGGAACCUGCAGUUUGGGGGGACGCCAGCUAAAAAGCCAGAGCUCCAGUGGAGUCAGCUGGUAGAGAAGAAGCCGACGGGUGGUAGUGGCUGGCAAUCGAAGACCAUGUGCACCAGCACCAACUGGACUCACACCACCCAUCCCAUGGCACCUGCACCCAUGCCCGUUCCUCAAAUGGCUCCAGCACCAGUGGCUUUUCCUAUGACGACACCCCAAGUGCCUGUGUAUGGAAUGCUCCCUCCUCAGAUGAAUCAUCAGAUGGGGGGCGUUCCCAUGAUGCCCCCACAGCAUGUCAUGUAUAACCAGCCUGUCCUGAGACCCACCAAUCCUUUUGGACCCAUCCCAGGAACACAGAUGCACUUCAUGUAGGGGAUGAUGUUGUAACCAUGGCAGCAAAGCUGGGAGAGAGAAGGCGAGAGGAAAGAGACAGAGAGAAAGAGUCGGCAGCGAACGCAAAUCCAGAACCAAAAUCCAGCGCAGGGGAAAGAAAGAAGAGGGCAGAGAGGAAGAAAAAGGGGAGGGGAGAGGACGAAGGAGAGAGGAGGACCAGAGGAUGGAUAGAAGAUGAAACGCUGAUGUCAGUUUCCAUGUCACCUGACCCUCUAAUCUCCUCUCCUCUCUCCAUGUGGCUACUGAUCUCUCUGUCUUUGAAUCUAUAGUGCUGGGGCACCAGAGGCUCUGCAUUAGUCCCAUUCAUCCUCUGCUUGAUUUGCCAGUUCAAAUGGCAAUUACGACCUGUGAUGACACUAUGAGGACUGACAGCUCGUUGGAAGUGCAGAAGCUCUUUUGCCAUUUCCCCCCCGCCCCUCACCCCAUCAUACUGAUAAUUUCCUGUAUAAAGGCUUACCCGCAUCUCUCUCCAUCUCUCAGCUGAAUCAAACUUGGAGGACACGCGUCUCUUUCUCUGAUUGGAUCGUUUGCUGGCACUUUACUCUAUGUGACCUUUGCCAAGGGUGUAUUUCUGUGUAGGUGAUUUUUAGCAUCUUGUUCCGAUUGGUUCCCGGUAACGUGUCAUCCAUCCGUCACCUGAUGUCAGAAGUUAUUGAUUUGAAUGCGUGCGUGUGUGUUCGUGUGUCUGCGC